UUUCAUCAACACUCCCAACACACCUAUUACGAUGUCGUCCUACUUCACCAUUGCUAAGGAUUCUGCCAGCAGUGCCUCUUACGUCUACACCGGCAAACUCCAGCCCACUGAUUCCGUUGACAGCCUAACCAGCCCGGCCUAUAAGGUUCGAAUACACCCGCGAUACUGUUGUCCUGACAACAUACUCUUCGGACGGCGAGCAAAUAUCAACUGCCGCGAUCAACUGCAACGCAAUCCCGGUCUGCUGCUAUCUUUGACAAGAAUGACGAGCACGACGCGGCCCGCCGGUUCGGAAGCAUGGCGUGGAAGUUUACAAACGCCAGUGGGCAAAAAUACAAGUGGCACAUCACUCAUCAAGGAAGGACAUGGGUGCUGCGCCAGGGGCACUCCAAUGACUGUCGCCACAUACACAAAUCAGGGGCCGUUUUCUGAGAUCCAGGGUAUGCUAGCAGUGGAGGCAAGCAGUCGGCAGCGAUUUCCUCAAGCUUAUCCUCAUCAGUUGGGGACUGAACCCGCAAGACUCUUGAUGACGAACGCUCCAAGGACGAUCCCUAAGCUUAUCUCCACCCGCUACCCACACAAGGGCGGCGAGUGGAUGGCUGAUGGCUUCUACAGUGCUACUAACCGCGGCGGUCUUGAUUUCGCAGGCAUCGCCAGUGGCUGGCGGGUUCUAGGACUGGUAUCCAACUUGGCAUAGCUACGCUCUUGACUAUCCACCUCUCGUAAAUAAUAGUUUG